GGAACCAUCGUCUCAUCAACAUUAUCAUGCCAUAAACCUUCCCUGGCCGCAGUGAUUUGACAAUUCUCUGAACCCUCUUAAGCCAACCCUUGACCAUGCUUUUAAACACCUUCGUCCUGUGCGAUUUCAUCCUUGAAUGCUGAACGAGCUUUAUGCGUAAUAUAUAUAUAUAUUCUCCCAAAAUACAUGUUCAUUUUCUCUACCAUAUAUUGAAGGUUCACCAAUGACCCGAACACUUGUUCAGAGAUCCUUCAUUCGAAGAAGAGCUCCAAUUACAAAUAAUGGCCAUUACCUACCGUUCAUCCUGAGGAACUCCAGGAACGCUUUUCAUUGUGUGCCGAGAUCACCAUAUUCUACUGGUAGAGAUACAGCGUCUCCAGGCAUAUCUGAGUACCCCUUGAGGAACUUGGGGCAAGAUGAAGAACCCAGGUUUAAGCCUUCAAAUGGGGGUUGCGUUCCUAUGAGGGAAUGGCAGAAAUCGAAAGUAUGGACCAAAAUAUUCAGUCCAUACUAUGACCCCAAAAAGUUUCAACCUUUGCGCCUACUAAGUACCCCUGUGCCACUGUGGGAUAUGGCGCCUGGUUGCAUUCUAUUUCUUCCCGGUGAAAGCAAGCUGGACCCUCUGGCCCGCGCAGCAGUCGAAAAAUAUGGCAACAUUGGCAUGGCUGGCCAUCCUGUCAUGGUUCUGGCAGUUGAUGUGAAAGGGGUUAACGAAGCUUCCGUUGCUGUGGCAAUAGUCAGAUCCUACUCUCAACAUAAAGAUGAGUGUCGAUAUCUUGGGUUGGACUGGUUUGAUACUAGACACUUCGAGAUAAAACAGAGUGGCAAUCAUGAUAUACCUCCACGACUCGAGUACAAUGUAAAAAGAGUACGGCUGUACAAAACACCUUGUUCAAAUUCUUCGAAUUCAAUACGACAAUUCGUUCAAACACAAUCCAUCAUCACUGUUCCUUUCCAAUAUUUGUUGACGGAAACCAGGUGGGACCCACUAACUCAUUGGUGGCCUUCAUCCUGUCUUAAUGGUUGGGGUAAACGUAUCAUAAAGGAAGAUUUUAUGCACAUCGCUGAAACUAUUGGCUUCAAGCCAGAUCCAUGGCUUAGUAGUGGUCCAUACAUGUGGAAGGAUUUUGUUCAAAAGACUGGGAUCAACACAUUUGGUCUUGAUAUUGAGGAUCCUGCGCUAUACGACGAGCAAGCCUUUUAUCGCCAAAUGUGGGAAGAGGGACAGGAAAAAUAUAAUAAGCACUUUAACUUGCCUUCGAAUCACACUUUGAGCGCCAACGAUUAUUCGCCCUUGGGAUGGGCUUUCGAUCGAAUGCCACAUACAGGGCUCGUACGCAGGAGAGUUCACUCUCUGAGGUCAUCUUCUUAUAAGAAAUUUCGCCUCAAUACUCCAGCUACAUCUCAUGUCUCUACUCAAGAUUAAUUUCAAUAGUUCCUAUCUUACUCUUACACUCAGCUGUGGGGACUUACCGAGUUAUCAGAAUCAUAAAAUUUUCAGAAACUGCAUCAUACCAUAUCGCAUCUAUCCUCUCGUUUCCAACAACUAUUUUGCUUGAUAUGUCGCGGGCAAAUCGUGAAGGUAUGAUGUCUGUGGUAAUUCCGUUUAAUACUCAAUCUUAUUGCUGAGUGUAGUGCUGAAAGUUCCCCAUUACGUUUCUUGGGCAUCGCAUACAUUGCUGAUACUUUGUCGAUGUUGAAGCUGCAUUCUGAGUUCUGUGAUCUCCAUAAGCGAAUGUGAAAGGUACGUGGUUGAGGGCACAGGUGUGUAUUUUAUUGUCCCGAUCUCGUCAUCGAAGGACUUUCCUCUUACUUCCUUGACCUUUCAGCUCUGUUUACCACUUGCAGCUUUUUUUCAUCCCUUUACGAGGCCGCCAAAAUUAGCAGAUGAAAUGGGAAUGAGUGCUAUGGAAUCGGGCUUAGUUUAUAGUGUGCAAUAAUGGUGAACACAUUUUCUGUACUAUGGAUGUAUCGCUAUUCACUGUCUCAUUUUACAAUCCAGUGAUCAGUUCAAAAGCACAAAUGUAACUACAUGAUAUUCUACAACACUAUAGAACAAAGAGGCGGGUAGAAAACGUGAGACGAUGUGUUAUGUAUCCAAAAGUCUCGAAUCAACUACUGUACUCCCUCGAUCUUUGGACAUUGUGUUUAUUUUCGGUCCGCGAUGGAAAUAUCUCCUAGAGCUUUAUCA